AUGUAUUUUGCCAUAUCGCGACGAAAUUCUCUCCUCUCAGUUCCUCUCACUAAGCAAGAAGAGGGAGGAAGUCAUUUCCCAGGUGAAAAGGAUCCAGAAAUGGCAAAUAUUGGAACAUUGCCUUGCUGCAGUGGAAUGGAGAACACGGAAAAGGGCGAGAAACCGCCGCGAUCACCACAAAGCUUGUUGACGUCUAAUGUCCGCGAUGAUUCCACCGCAGGAGGAGACAUAAAGAAAAAUACUGCAAGAAGAAGAAGAAGUAGAAGAAGAGGGAGAAAUAUUGGCAAAUUGAACAAAAAAUCUUUUGCUAAAAGAAGGAAAAUGAAAGUUGAAGGCAACUUCAACCCGACUGGGCCGGAGACGAAGCCAACAACAGCUCAGCGUAGGAGUCGAAGGCACUCUCUUUUUAGAUCUCAAGUUGGCCAACUAAAAAAACGCCAAAUGGGUUGUAAUGAGGCUGGUUUGGGUUUAGACGAUGGUGCUGACACAAGUGGAGUCACCGUUUUCGGAAUCACAACAAUUAAUGGCGACUUAAUGUUCAUCCUUCACAUCGCUGGAGUGGCCUACCCCUUCCUUAUGAGCCCCAGUGAAGCCAAUGCGAGGUACCCCGAUGCUGUCAUCCAAUUUUACGAGAAUCGACUAACGUUUCGCGUUCCUUCCAGCAAAAAGAAAUUGAAAUAA